UCUGUUUUAACUUCAUAAUCAACUAACAUCACGUCAACAAACUACAAUUGAAAAUUUCAUAAAAUGGGUCUUGUCGACAAAUUUUUGUAUUGCAUUGAUGUAAAAUAUGGCGUGGUCAUUGUUGGGUUCGUGGACAUAAUCUUAAGUUUGCUUUGCGGAUGCUACUUGCCAUGGAUACGGCGCAAAUGGGACUGGGAUUUUACUAUCCUUACGGAAGCGCCUAUGUCAACCACGGAACCCCCGAGGUUUUAUACCGGCCCAGAUUUUUACUUUAAUAGAUUCGGCUAUUCAAUGUAUAUAUUCUGUUUGGUUGUCCUUAUCCUCCAUAUUGGCGCCUGUGUAAUGGCCAUUACCUCCACACUUUCGGACGAAAGAUGGAUGGCUGCUCCCUAUAUAGCCACUGGCAUAAUGCGUUUCGUUGUAUUGCUCAUAAUUUUGACGUGGAUAGUUACCAAGGCAUUUGAUUGUACCACAACUUUUUGGUUGAUAGGUCUAAGUCUGUUUUCAGCCACUUACUUUUGGCUAACAGUUCUUUCGUGGUUUACCCCGCCGAGCACAGAAUAA